GUAAAAACGCAAGAGCGCGGUUCCUAAAGUUAUUGCAUUAGUUUUAUAUUUCCAACAAAUCGAAACAUUCUAUUUGCUCAUUCUGUUGUUAUAUCAACGUCCAAAGCUCACAUUAAACGUGAAAUAAUUGCAAUCGUGUAUCGUAGUGGCGUGCACUCCUGUUCGGAUUGCCGUAUCAUCGAGUGUUGCUGGUGGUUGCUACGUUGUUACUUUAGACCCGCGGAACUCCAAAGGCAAAUACAUUCGCAUUUACAUCUUCCCAGUCGGGCCAAAUUUACACUUCUCCAAACGGUAUAAAGGAAACAGCCAGAAUGGCAAGCACAUCGAGGGACGCCCAUUUGAACAAAGUUUGCUGCUAUUCGCAUCCGGAAGCACCGUUAAUAGAAGACUAUCGGGCCGGUGAUAUGAUAUGUUCCGAGUGUGGGCUAGUGGUUGGAGACCGGGUCAUUGAUGUCGGUUCAGAGUGGCGUACGUUCAGCAACGAAAAGGCCGGAGUCGAUCCGUCCCGUGUCGGUGGCCCAGAAAACCCACUACUUAGUGGUGGCGAUCUUUCCACUAUGAUUGGUCCCGGAACUGGUCCUGCAUCGUUUGAUGCAUUCGGAACUGCCAAGUAUCAGAACCGCCGGACGAUGAGUAGCUCCGAUCGGGCCCUUAUCGCAGCGUUCAAAGAAAUCAGCACGAUGGCAGAUCGGAUCAAUCUACCGAAAACGAUCACCGACAGAGCGAACAAUCUGUUCAAGCAGGUGCAUGAUGGCAAAAAUCUAAAGGGCCGAUCGAAUGAUGCCAAAGCAUCCGCCUGCCUGUACAUUGCCUGCCGACAGGAGGGUGUGCCACGAACGUUCAAAGAGAUCUGCGCCGUCAGUAAGAUCAGUAAAAAGGAAAUCGGGCGCUGCUUCAAACUCACGCUCAAGGCUCUCGCUACCUCCGUUGAUCUCAUUACCACAGCUGACUUUAUGUCACGCUUCUGCGCUAAUCUUGAUCUACCCAACGUGGUACAGCGUGCCGCAACACAUAUAGCACGGAAAGCGGUCGAAAUGGACAUUGUGCCUGGUCGAUCGCCGAUCUCGGUGGCAGCAGCCGCCAUUUACAUGGCAUCGCAAGCGUCGGACAACAAGAAAACACAUAAAGAAAUUGGCGACAUUGCCGGUGUGGCUGACGUCACGAUUCGCCAAUCGUACCGAUUAAUGUAUCCGCACGCGGCCGAACUGUUCCCGGAGGACUUUAACUUCUUUACUCCGAUCGAUCAGCUACCGCCGGUGUAGAUUGGGGUUUUAGUGUAAGCAGUGUAACCUUUUGCGCAUUCGUGCAAUCCUACUAUCUCUCGCACCCGGUCCCGUAAGUAGGAAAGGUCACGCUAUAGCAACGUUACGCUACGCGGUGCAAUCGAUGCAACACUCCCUAUGGUAUAACGUUUGUAAUGCCGUUUAUACCAAAACAGGGAGGGUAGGAUAUUGUAUUGCUUACUUCGUUAUAUUUUAAAUUAUGUUCUAAUAGUUCACUCUUUCCCUUUCUGUUCGAGUUACAUCGAAGUUGAUGGCGUGUCCCUCCCCCACCCAACAAAUAACAAAUUCUACCACAACGGGAGUACAAACUUUUCCACAGAGAUGAAUGAAUUAUUUAAUACUUGUAUUAAGUGGACAGAAAUGAAUGAGAGACAGAGAUCGUGCUAAGGUCAUACGACCGUCAUAAAAUCAGGGAACGUUGCGUUUCGUACUUUACGCGAAAGAUUUAUUCGACUUCUGAAGAGAGAUCAGAGUAAUGCGUUUCGUAUUGGUUGAAUUAUUUGUUGUUUUUUUUAUGUUUGCUAUAUGAGUUUUAUUGCUAGCGAGUUUUAAAACUCGUGCCAAUACACAAUCAUUUUGUACGCAAGCAUAUACAGCUUGACCAUCGCCAAACCUGACGAAGAAAUGUAUUAUUUUGACGUUCAUUUAGUUGUCUUAUUACAAAAAAAAAAUUAUUUACUUAGAUGGGAGAAGUAUUUUUGAUACAUUCUACAUCGCGCUAAAACACGUGGGAAAAGCUUAUUCAAGGAAAAGUUGAAUGGGCAGCACCAUAGCAAAAUUGCAAAGAAAAGGAAUGCAAAUGGUGAAUAAAAUAGUGCAUAUAAUGAACUGAUUUAUAAGAUAAACUAAUAAACUGGAAACACACAA